CUAGCUACCUCAAACUACGGUACAUUUUUCCGACAAAUUUUGUUUGAAAAGGUGUAUAUGUGAAGAAAGUAUAGGCGACGCAAUUAAUUAUGAAAAGUGUUAAAGAAAUAAGUUGAUAAAAAGUGUAUACUAAUGUCUCAUUUCAUUGUAUUUUAAAUAUCACUAUUUUUUAUUUUCAACAUCAAUACACAGAUUGUUUUUCGAACAAUUUAAUCGUGAAAUUCUCUGUAAAAUGUGUAGUAAAUGUUUUAUUCCAGAAUAAAAGAGUGAAAUAUUGCAUAAAAAUUCGCGAAAAUCUCGCUUUUCAAAAAACAAAGUUUUGACUUUCUGAUGCAAAAAGUUAAAUUCAUCAUCUUAUGAUGCUUGAAAAACACUAGCUAUCAGUCAUAUUUAUGAUUCUUCUGCAGUUAAACAAAGGUUUCUAGAUAAUAUUCUUACCAGAUAACAUCGUUAAAACAUGAUGAGUGAAAAACGUUGCAUGACUCUUCCCGUGUAGCCUUUUACUUUUCCAAUUUGUAAAUAAUACGUUCACUACAUAUUCUGUAGAAAAUUUCACAAUUCACCUUUUAAAGAAAAUCUAUACUAAUGUUCAAUAUAAAGAGGUUAUAUUAGAAAUGGAUGGAAUCAAAAGUUACAAGUUAUCAUAGAUUCAUAGGUGAAGUUUUCAUGCUUUUGACUAGUAGAGAUUAUGUACAUUUUAAACAGUAAUAUCAAUUAAAUCAUAUAAUUAAAUAAAGAGAGCAACUGAAUAAUCAUCUAGGUGAAUUCUAAAGAUACAUCUGUUGGUUGGGGAAUCUGGUUCGAUUCCAAUAAGUUUCUUUGUUGCAGCACCAGCAUCAUUUGCACAAGCUCGAAUUUGGCUUGAUGAACGAACUCGCUUCGAUUCAGACAAGCCACAAGUAGCGAUCUAUAAUAUGCCUUUUGUUUAUUGUCUGCAAUCAAGUCAUACUUUAUCGGUUACACAACUUCAUCAAGCUCUUCAUCUCACUGUUCACAAACAUCUCUCACUCCAUACAUCACUUCAUAAUGACAUCCAAAAGAAUCUACUUAUGCAACGAGUUAUCACUCAUGAAGAUAAAAAUAGUAAUAAUAUGUUUUCAAUCAUCCAAACUACUUAUGAAACAGAUGAACAAUUGAAUGAGAUUUUACACGACGAGAAACGUAAUCCUUAUCUUUUCGAUCUUGCUCAAGGACUUGUCUUUCGAUGUCAUAUUGUUUAUUACAAACAAAUCUCUUCAAAUCAUAUUCUUUCUCACAAAGAUCUACUUCUCUUCAACUUUCAUCAUGCUUUGUUUGAUUUUUCAUCGAUGGAAGUGUUUCAUCAUGAUCUCAAUCAAGCAUAUACAACAGGUCAAUUAUUAUAUGAUGACAACACUAAUCUUCGUUAUCUUGAUUAUGCUGUUAUUGAACAAAAAAUGCCAAUGACUGGUGCAAGUAUGUUUUGGCUUGAUGCUCUUCAUAAUUGUAAACUAGAUCAACCUUUGUCAUUACCAUAUGAUCGAUAUCGUCUCUCACAUGAACAUCAGACUGGUCAUACAACAUCUGUCUCUUUCGAUUUUGGAAUAGAUCUUUCCCAUCAGUUUCUUAACUAUGCAUCAUCAAACAAUUUCAAACAUCAGUAUCUAGCACUUGCUACUUACUUUAUCUUGUUAUUUAAAUUAACGAAUGGUGAAAAAGAUUUAUGCAUUUUAAUGAAUGUCGACAAUCGUUAUAGAGAUGAACUUAAAUCUCUGAUUGGAUUGUUUGAGAAUGUCAUUCCAUUGAGAUGUCAAUUAGAUCCUGACUGGUCUUUUCAUUAUGUACUCGAUUAUGUUCGAGAGAUAACAACAAAUAGUAUGAAAUAUUCUUAUUUUCCUCUUCAGCAUAUUCUCAAUCAACAUCCAAAUGUUCCAAAACCAACAUUUCUUGAUAUAUCAUUUGAGUUUCUCUCAUUUAUUACAAGAAGUGAUAAUAAACUAAUAAUGAUUGGUGAUAGUCAACUUUCUUCUAUACAUUCUACAAUGAAUAUUAAUGAUAAUGAGAUUAGAAAUAAGUAUGAUUUCUUACUCGUAAUUCAACAUGAUGUCAAUAUCAAUCAACUCUCAUGCACAAUCAAUGCAUCACUUGAUUUAUUUAAUGUCGAAACAAUCGAUAAGAUUUCUCAACGAUUUCAUUCAAUGUUGAAUCAAUUAUUUAUAUCUUUUGACUGUACAGCAAACAAACCAGUCUAUGAAUUAUCAUUAACACUAUCCAAUGAAAGAUUACUCAUGCAAUCGAUGAAUAAUACACAAGUAUCAUUUCCAUCUCCUCUCACUUGUAUUCAUCAUGAGUUUGUAUAUCAAACAAUGAAGCAUCCACAAAAACUAGCUGUUGAACUAGAUGAACAAUCAUUGACAUAUUGUGAACUUCUAUAUUAUGUUCAAGUAUUAUCUUUAACUCUUCUUAAUGAAUAUCUUGUCACUCCAGGUGAAAUAGUUUGUCAAUGUGUUGAGCGAAGUUUGUCAAUGGUGAUUGGUAUUAUAGGAAUUGAAAUGGCUGGUGGUGUUUAUUGUCCAUUAUCACCUCGAGAUCCACAACAUCGUUUACAUGCUCUUGUACAACAAACUCAAUGUCGUCUUGUUCUUAUUCAUGAUUUAACGAAGACCAAAUUCGAUCAUGACAGUGUUACACUUGAUAUUGAUCCAAUAUUAAAUGUUUAUAAUAUGGAUAGUGACAUGAAUUAUAGUUACCUCUCAAGGGUGAAAGUGAAAGGCAAAGAGAUAGCUUACAUUAUUUUCACUAGUGGUUCAACGGGAACACCUAAAGCAGUUCAAGUUCGACAUAAGAACUUUAUUGCUUGUAUACAUUCUUUGGCUUACAUGAACUCGUUUAAUAAAAAUGAUACGGCUGUACAAAUGACACGAUGUUCAUUUGAUAUUCAUGUUCAGGAGAUACUAGGUACAUUGUUAGUUGGAGGCACGUUGAUUAUGCUUCAUCCAGGUGGAACUAUUGAUUUUGAUUAUUUAUCGGAAAUCUUACAGAACAAACAGAUCACAUAUCUACAUACUGUACCAAGUUUACUACACAGUUUCUUUACUUCUGUCGUGCAAAAUAACAAUCCGAAUGUCUUAAAACAUGUUCGAUCACUUUGCAGCAGUGGUGAACCUUUUUCUGUUCCAUUAAUUAGUUUGAUUGUGAAAAUCGGUAUAACAAACUGUAUUGUAUGGAAUUUGUAUGGUCCAGCAGAAGCAACCAUAGGUUCUACAAUUCAUUAUGUAAAUAUUACAAGUGAUACACAGCGUAUUCCGAUCGGUAGACCAUUUUAUAACUAUCGAUGUAUGAUUAUGAAUGAAUAUUUACAAUCAUCUGCUAUCAGUCAACAAGGUGAAUUGUUUGUGGGAGGAGUAGGUGUCUUUGCUGGUUAUCUUGGACGUGAUGAUUUAACUGCAAAAGCUCUUAUGGAAAUAGAUGGUCAACUAUUUUAUCGAACAGGUGAUCUUGUUGAUAUGAGUCAUAAUGGUCUUCUUCAUUAUCAAGGAAGAAAAGAUCAUCAAAUUAAACUACAUGGACAACGAGUUGAACUUGGUGAGAUCGAACGAUGUUUACUUAUCAUUACAUCAAUCUCUGUUUGUGUUGUCAUGAAAUGGAAAGAUGAUUAUUUAGUUGCAUAUGUUCAAAGUUUUGAUAUUAAUGAACAGGAAUUGCGUGAACAUUGUCGAUCUCAUCUGCCACCACAUAUGAUACCAUCUCUUUUUAUUAUACUUGAUAAAUUACCUUUGAAUCAAAAUGGAAAAGUAGACCGAAAACAACUUCCUUCACCCCAGUUUUCCUUAUCAACUUUGUUAUUAUCCGAUAAGUCUGAUACUCCUCUUAAUCAGUUCGAAGAACGUGUACACACGAUUUGGUGUAAAGUUCUUCAUCGUAAUGAAAGUCACAUUUCUAAAGCUACCAGCUUUUUCAGUGUUGGCGGUCAUUCACUGUUAUUUAUUGAACUUUAUCAUCAUUAUCAAUCAGUAUUUAACUUUGAUACUCAAACAAUUUCGAUUGCUCCAUUUCUUCAGCAACCAACUAUAUUUCAACAUUCACAAUUACUUCAAACAGUUACAAUGAAUAAUAUCAAGGCCACACAAUGGUAUACGUUGCAUAUAAAUGAAGGUAUAGCAUCGUAUGCUCAGGAACGUGUAUAUCUUGAUGAGAAAAUGCGUUUUUCUGGAGAAACUGCCAUCUACAAUGAGCUGUUUAUUCUACAAAUUACAAAAGGUUCAUUAUCAGUGGAUCGUUUAUUGCAAGCUCUUCGCUAUGUCCUAAGUAAACAUAAGAUAUUAAGAUCUUCUCUAGUUUUCAAUGAUGACGAUAGUAUUUUAAAACAAUCUAUCACGGAUAAACAUCUGACAUUUACAUUGGCUGCCGACCAAACAUUCAAAAAUGAAAUUGAUCUUCAUAACAUUAUUUCACAAAUAAGUACCAAUUCUAAUCUGUUCGAUUUGUCAAGUGGUUGUGUUUUUUAUUGUCAAAUUCUCAGACAACAGAUGACACCUGAUGAAAACUAUGAUAAAGAGAUUAUUACAGAAUCUGAUGUUCUCGUUAUCGGCUUUCAUCAUGUUGCGAUUGAUCAUUCAACUCUCCCAAUCCUUUUUAAUGAUCUAUGUAAUGCUUACAAUAGUAACAUGACGUGGUUAGAUGAUGAAGAAUCAUUACAAUAUAUUGAUUAUAGUGUUCAUGAGCGUCUAAUCGACAUGACGUUGUCACAUGAAUUUUGGCGUUGCCAAUUGAAUGGAUACAAUCAAGAAUGUCGAUUACCAUUGCCAGUUGAUCGACAUCGCUUAUAUAGUGAUCAAAGAUCUGGAUAUGCUUCGAUUGCUCAUAUCACAUUUGAUAAUGAGAUUUCGACAUCAUUUCUCGAUUAUUCAUCUUCACAUCAAGUCACACCUUUUCAGCUAAUUCUGGCUACACUCUAUGCAUUUCUUUUUAAAUUAACAUAUCGACAAGAUGAUUUAUGCAUCUCUUGUCUCAGUGCAAAUCGAUACAAAACUGAAUUACAGAAUAUGGCUGGAAUGUUUCUUACAGUAUUACCAUAUCGUAUUCAACUUGAUCCUCAAUGGUCAUUUGAUGAAGUAGUUAAAUAUGUACAAGAGAAAAGUUUGUCAAUUCUUGAACAUUCUCAUUAUCCAUUACAGAAUAUUCUUCGUGAUUCUCAUCUUAAUCAAUUAACUGUUCCUUUUCUUCAAACAUUGCUUAAUUUCAUUACUGUAUCUUCAGUUGACGAUCAGUUUACUUUCGAUGAUGUUAGUGUACAGCCAGUAUCAUUAAAACAGCUUUUCGAAGCGUCUAAAUUUGAUUUUAAUUUGAAACUUCUUUACAAUCCAAACUCGGAUGACAAUAUAUUGUCAUGUCGUUUUACUUGUUCACGUGAUCUGUUUGAAGAUACGACAGUUACAAAAAUGAUACAAAGAUUUCAAUAUCUUUUUGAACAACUUUUUUCAACGAAUUUUAAUAUUAAUCAGACUGAUUUAGCAGUUUCAUCUAUUGACAAACUUACUCUUGUUUUACCGGAUGAAGUGAAUGAAAUGCAACACAUAGCGUUUUACCGUCAAUCAAACGUGACGAAUGAAGGUAUGUCGUUUUCCUAUUUAUCAUAUAUAUGAUGAUUUUUAUUGAUAUAGUUCAGUUAGAUGAGAGAGACAUGUAUGAUAUGUAUAAAUAUUAUAUUUUCAAAGUUAAAAGUAUUGAUUGACCUGCGUUAGCUCAAGAAUCAUAAUGUUAGUCUGUUUUUCAAUAUAGAAUAAAAAUAUAUGAAUAUAAAAAGAUCUCACUAAUCUUCAAUGUGAAAUCCUUUCAAAAUUUUUUGCAGAUAGAACACUAUAUAGUAUAAAUAUAUGACGUUUAGUAGUAAUGAUAAGCAUAAGAGUUGUGAUUAAAAAGGUAUUAAGUUUUUGGCAUAAUUGUUUUCGACUAGAAUGCUAAGAAUAAUAUGACAACUGAGUGAAACACAGCUUAAUUUAUAAAGUUUUAGAUAGUUUUUUUUGGAAAUUUAUUUGGCAUUAUAAAAUUCAGGUUUAAUCCUGAAGACAAUGAGUUAUAUCAAUAUCGAUGACAAUUUCGUUAUCUUGUAAUAAUCUAAUUAUAGCAUCAUCAACUCAGUUUCUGUAAACACGAAUUAAAACAACAACAUAUUUUAGUGACGCUAACUUAUCUUUUUUAAUUCAGAUUAGACACAGUUCAAGUGCAAAUCUCUUUUUGACACUAUAGUUUGACACUUUUUAAGCGAAUCCAUAUUUAUAGUUUUAAAUAAAACUAACCACUUUUUAAUAAAAUUUUUUAAAACAUAUGAUGACGAUGAUGGAUGUAAGAAUAUGAUCAGUAGAUAAUUAUUCGACGUUUCGAUAACUUAAGUGUCAUGCAUGAGAAAGUAAAAAUCAACAUAUGUAAGACAACAUUAACAUUUAAUUGAUUGUUUUUCUUUCACUUUAUUUAGUAAUACUAAAAUGAACUGAAAGUAGAUUUUAUUCAAAAUUAUUAUCAGUCUUAAAAUUAGUUUUGUUUAUACUUUGGAAAGCUAGCUACCUCAAACUACGGUACAUUUUUCCGACAAAUUUUGUUUGA